AUGACAACUCAUCCAUUGUUUUUGGAGUGCAAGAGCAUUCAUGACAAGGAAGUGUCUAUUAAAGAAUACAAAGCUAAGAAUAUUUCGAGACUUUUUGGAAGUUUUUCAACAUUUUUACAUCCAUUUCAGAAACAAGUCAAAAAAGGCAUCUUCAAAAAGGAUCCCGUAAAAACAAUUCGUUUAGUAUUGGAUGUUGUGUAUGAAAUUGUUGAAGAAACUACUCCAGGAGAUUAUACUAUCGAAAUGAUUGACGAUAUCAAGCAAGUAUUUAUCACACUCUUACACCCAUUAAAUUGGAACGAAUACCGUUACUAUGGUACAAGACUUUUGUGCUUAAUCGUUAAUAUUUUGAAUUCUCGAGCAAAUUUCUUUGUUGAUAGCGUUCUUCAAUACGUACUUGACUUUACACCAUUUUCUGAUCAAAUUUCACCCGAUUCUAACCUUGUUAUUCAAUGCAAUCCAGAAUUAAGAAUUCAAAUCAAUGAUUCUCAGCCUCCAGAGAAAAAGAACUUAAUAUUACAGCUUCAAUACAUAAUAUCGAAUACUAUAAAGUGCAACGAUGACCUAUUUCUCAUUUGGUGGAAAAUUAUUAUGAAAAUUCUUUUACAACCAUGCUUUAGAAACAUUGCCAUCGCUAACAAAAUGCAAGGUAGUGAGUAUGGAAUCAAUGGUCCUGUACCAGAAGCCAUAAUGAAUGAACUUCGUGUAUUAAUUAAAUAUUUGGUUGAUCAUCCUGAUCUUUUGUUAAAAGUAUUCGAAGUUCAGUAUUGCCCUGAGUUUAUCUUUGAAUUCUUUACUCAAUUAGUUUCAAAAUACUCAACAGUUCAAGAAAAUGUUGAAAUUGUUCUCAGAUUUAUCAUGCUUUUAACAGAACAGAGUACACAUAUGCUCAAGAAGAUCCUCCCGCAAGCCCACGAUCUAGUUAUAAAGCAAGUUGACUACAUUUUGAAGAUUUUGGAAACAAACCGCCAGAAUCAAAAUCCUGAGUUCAUGAACAACAUUUAUGAGGUUCUGAAAACAACGAUCAUUUCAUUUUUCACUGAAUUUCAGAAUGACGAUCAAAUAUUUUUAAUUAAGAAGCUGAUGACGUUUGAUAACACUCCAUCAACCAUGUCAAAUACAUUUUUCAUCCUUUUAACCAUUAUGUACAACAUAGAUAUUAUUGAUCCGAAAUGUUGGGGAGAAAUCGUUCAGAAUCUCAAGUCUGAGCUUCUCGUUAAUACAAUGUGCAUAUUUACCGCAUAUUUGGCGCUCUGUAAUGCUCCAACUCUGUUACAAUUUUCAAUAUCAGAUUUAUCUCAAGCUUGCAAGACAGCUAUGCCAUACAUCACAUGGAAUAGAUAUAAGGUAAUGAGUAUUGAUGUCUCCCAACUCAAUCAAGAAAAGAAAAUCGAUAGUUUCUUCAAAUCUUACGCAAGGGAUCUUCUUUAUAAGAAAUAUUGCGAUCAUUUCGUAAAUAUGAAUAUUAAUGUCCAAGUUCUUAAGAAUUCAAUGCCAACUGAAAAGAUUUUAGAAUUUACUCAUUUAAUCCGAGAUACUUUUUCAUUUAGCCCCAAUAUCUAUAUUUCUUACAUCAAUGCUAUCGUGAAUAUUGCGAUAAACCUUCCUUACAACCUUCAGUUCAACAAAACUUUUGUAUUCUCUGAAUAUUUGAACUUUUUGAGGAAGAUGCUUAUUGAUAAAGAUCCUUCUGCUGUUGUUAGAUCAACAACAAUCAUUGGAGAUCUCCUUUCUUCUCCUGUUUCAAAUUCUAUUUUAUCCAACUCUGUCCUUGCAGAAAUUUACGAGCAAUUGAUGAUCAAUGCAAAGAGUGAUGUUGAUUUCAUCAAAUCAUCAGCAUAUUUUGCAAUGAUUAAGUUUCUAAAUUCUGGAUUAAGAUAUUCUUCCUAUUUGACAUCAUCAAUCCUCGAAUCCUUCGAUGCAUCAAACACAAAUGAACAAUACCAACAUGUUUGCUCAUUUGCUGGCUCUGCAAAAACACUUUUGGUGCAUUCAUCUUCAGAAUUGAAGCCAAAUAUUGAAUCUUCCAUCACUUUAUUGACUGAAUCCCUCUCAAACCCAUCAAAAGUCCAAGUUUUACUCUCAAUUUUGAUAGAAGAAGCGAUUAAUAACAGAAAAGAGAUAAUUACAAGCGUAGUUACCCAAUUACUUAACUCCCUUCAGAACAGAAAUGUCUCUGAUGCCAUUGUUUUCUCCCAAAUCAUCCACAUUUUGCCGAAUUUGAUCCAAGAUUCGCCAAACGUAAUACCAAUGAUAAUUACGGCUUCGGUAUCGCUCUUGGAGCACAAGACAAGAGAUUUUCCACAGUUCUCUUUCUUAAUGGCUCGAAUUAUCAUUGAUAUUUUGCUAAAUUUGGCUCAAUUCAUGGACGUUCGCGCAUUUGCAGAUAAAGUUCGUAUUAUUAUUGAGCAAUGGAAUACAUCCGAAGAGAAGAAACUUCCUGUUGAAUACCUCGAACGAGUAAAUGAUCAAAUUUUCAUUUUGGAGAUGCUUAUGCGGAGAAUUCCUCUUCAGUCCUAUGAAAACCCUCCACAGAUACAAGGAAAUCUCGUGGCAUUUUACAAAGAUAAUGAAAUUUUGAAGUUAAAUGAAACCGAAAUUUCCUCUACAACUUACGCAGGAAGAUAUAACUGGAAGUAUGAGAUCAUUGGUCAUGAAAUACCUCCGAAUAUCACGUCAAAUUCGGACAAACUUCCUCCAAUUUCUUCAAUUGACAAAAAAGAGUUCAGUAACUCAAUACAGAGCGAAAUUUCCUCUCUAUUUAACAACGACCUCCCUAGGUUAGGAAUUACAACCCCUCUUUCCACUCCAGAAAACGUCAAAAUCGAAAAAACUCAAAUUGAUACUUCAAAAUUAACUGACCAAACACCAGAAAAUCACUACCAGGUAGAUCCAAGUAAUUAUAUACACCAUUCUGCCCAGUUUAUGACUGCUCUUGGCUACUACAAAGUAGGACAACAAGAAAUGAUUUCUCCAUCAACACAAACAUCCAUUCCUGAAGUUGAUGACCUUCAAUAUCUUCGUGUAACAACUGUUUCCCUCGUUUCUUUCGGCGAUCAUCCUCAAUUUGAAGAACUUGUAUCGAAUCUUGGUCUCAAAUCAACGGAUAACAGCAUUAUUUAUGCAAAUCACCGUAGAAAACUUAUUUUUGUACGUGAAAAUGAAGCAAUUUCCAAUAAUGUUGCUGUCAUAUGGAAAGAAGAUGCCAUCGAAAGCAAAAUUGCGGAGACUUGCAAGCCAGAAGUCAACAUAAGAUUGGUUAUUUCGCCAUUAGAGAAUGGAUUAAUUAGAUUAGAAGUUGGAAUCAAUAAAAAUAUCGAAUUGAAGAAACCAUUGCUGAAUUCGAUCAUUGUUUCCAAACAGGCUCUUCCUAUUCAUGUCAUUUCCCAGAUAAUUUCAACCACUGAAAUUAUUGACGCUGAUAAUGGAAAAGAUAUUGAUCCAAUCCUCCAAGCAAGGAAUUCUAUCAAGAAAACUAAGGAAUCUCUCACAUCUCCAUAUUCAGAAGUCCUUUAUGCGACAAAAGAAUUGUUGAAGAAUUGUAAAUAA